AAAUCAAAUCAAUCAAACAAUCACCCCUCUAUUGUCAGAACAUCAUGGAAUUUACGGAUUCUUCAUUUUCUUUUCUGACUCCUUGAUUUGAAUUUUGUAUCUUUUCAUAUUAUAUUUUAUUGCAACCAUGAUUGAACCAUUCCAGACGACCUUUCAGGUCCCAAUGACCUGCGAUGGAUGCGUACAAGACGUCUCAGGAUCCAUUCAGAAAUUACCAGGAAUCACCAAAGUAGAAGCCAGACUCCAAGACCAACUCGUCCUCGUCGAAGGCACAGCAGCACCCAGCUCUAUCGUCGCCGCCAUCCAGGGCACAGGACGAGACGCAAUCCUGCGUGGAAGCGGAGGCACCAAUAGCGCUGCUGUAUGCAUCCUCGAAACACACAAUACCUCUGUCCCCGAAAAGAUUCGCGGUCUUGCGCGAAUGAUUCAAGUCUCUAAGUCGCAAACAUUGGUUGAUCUUACUAUAAACGGCCUUUCGCCGGGGAAAUAUUGGGCUACUGUUAGAGAGGCGGGGGAUAUAUCCCGUGGCGCUGAGUCUACGGGUGGUAUAUGGGAAGCUGUCAAGAAUAAAAUACUUGGACCGGACCAGCAACCGCAGCCAAGAGGGGUGUUUGGAGUUGUCAAUGUCAAUGAUGCCGGUAAAGGGAAUGUCUUGAUUGAUCAACCAGUGGCGAUUUGGGAAUUGAUUGGACGCAGUAUGGUCGUCUCGAAGAAUAAGGAAGGCCCCUUUAAAGCUGAGGAUGCGGAUACGAUUGUUGGUGUGAUUGCGAGGAGUGCUGGGGUAUGGGAUAAUGACAAGAUGGUUUGUUCGUGUUCUGGGAAGAAUGUGUGGGAGGAGAGGAAGGAGCAGGUUCAGAAGGGGAUGUUAUAGCUAGAGGUUUUCUAUAUGACGACAAGUAAGAUUGAAUACUGAGGCAUAUAUAGGAGAAUGGAUGAGUGUCAAAAUUGUCAAUCAG